GUGUGCCGUUACAACUCUAGUAACAUUUUGGCAUUGGCUCAAAGUUUAUAUACAUAUUUAUAUGUAUAUAUAUAUAUAACACAAGCCAGGUCGACAAAGUUACCUAAAUGAAAAUGUCCCCGACUCUCAGCUCCCCAUCGCCGAACAACAGCAGCCUUUUCACCGCGAGCUACGAGAGGACGGACCUCACCGAGGCGCAAAGACAGAUGAGCCUGCUUCUCUUCGGCUUGUGCGUCGCCAUCGCCGCUCUUACCUUCUUGGGAAGUGUGUAUUCUCUCUUCUUUUUCAUUCGGAUGAGGUGGAAAACCAUCCUGUGGCUCAUCGUGGCUUCAAUGUCCGUGGACGACCUGCUCAGCGUGAUACCUCUCUCCCUCUUCAUGCUCCUCCAGUGGGAGAGAGAUGGAGAGGGAGGGUCGGUGACCAUAUGCACUUUGUCGGGACUUCUCUAUGUGUUCCAAGGACUCUCCAGCAAUAUGAAGGCUUGCCUUAUCGCAGCCUACACCUUUUACGUUACCAAGCGAGAAGGAAGCCCUCGGCCGUUGAGGGUGAUGUUGGCGAUAGCAGGGGUGUGGGUAGUCAGCCUGGCCGUCAGUGUACUACCCCUGUGCGGCUGGGGGAGUUUCACUCCGCUCUCUCUCGGCUGCUUCCCGGAGAGACGAGGUUUUUACCUUCUGCUCCUUUUCUCUUUGUACUCCGUGUGUUUCUGCGGAUUGGUGUUCUUCUUCGUUCCUCUCACCUACCAGCUCCUGUGUUCCAGAGAGCCACAGAGGACGCUCUACCCGAGCUACUUGGAUAUAGCCAGGGAUCUGAGAGGGGACGGGUCUGCGCCUCUCUGCGACCUCCCGUCCUUCUCUCGGGACAGCUUGGACAGAAGUUUUAGUACCUACAACGAGCUGAGUCCGGUUGGUUUGAGGAAAGGGUUAGGGGUGCGGGACAAAGUGGAAACAUAUACCUGUUCAAACCCGGACUCUGAUCGUGUACUGAGGGAUGAUGGUACCAUCUGUAACUGGGAAUCCCCGGUGUUCUUUGCACAAAAGCGCUUCUCCAUGAUCCUAGCGGUGGUGAGAGUUGUCUUGUGGAUGCCGAUGAUGACUCUGGUGCUCGUGCGUCAUGCUGUAAACGUCCACAGCUCAUACCUGGAAACGGUGGAAACGGUGAGCUUCUUCCUGACCCUGCUGGCGCCUGCGGUCACGCCGGUGUUCAUGCUCUCCGAGCGCUGGAUCCACCUUCCGUGCGGGUGCUUCAUCAACUGCCCGCGGGACACAGAGCAUGAGCCCACCGCAAAGAAGAGGUUUGAAUUUAACCUCUCCUUCCAAAAAGGGUACGGAAUAUACAAGAUAUCGCACGCGACCAACCCCCACCGAACCCCGUCCGUCGAGAAACCUUCCUAUUACAACUUCUUCAACUGCGACUUCACAGAAAACCAGCUUGCCGUGCUGGACAGCUCCGGGGUCGCGAGCCUGCAGGCCGAGCUGGAGUUCAGGACCCCACGUGCAGUGGACAGCUCCCCACUGCGUGAACAUGGCGAGCUGCUUCUCGAGGCAGUGGCAGGUGGAGGAGAGGCCCUGGCGCUGGCAGACUGCCUCCAAUUUCCUCACGAUAACCACAGAGACCAGGACCUCAACCUCACCGACACGUCGUCGGUGUUCGAGGGAACGGAACGGAGACUGUCGCAUGUAGAGUGCAUAAAAAUGGAGCUGACGGACUGGGAGUGGUGUAGGAGUAAAUCCGAGAGGACCCCCAGACAGAGAUCUGGGGGAGGUCUGGCCCUCCCUCUGUGUGCCUUCCAGGGCACCGUCUCCUUGCACUCCCCCACAGGGAAGACCCUCUCCCUCUCCACCUAUGAGGUCAGCAGCGAAGGGCUCACCAUCUCCCCCCACGCCGCCAAAAAGGUGGAGGUCUACCGCUCCAAGUCUGUAGGCCACGAGCCCAGUGCAGACGACCCCAGCUCUGGAGGCACGGCCGGGGGAGUGGGGACGGAGGUGGAAAUGCGGGACACCAACGUGAAGAUCCACCUGGAGGUGUUGGAGAUCUGUGACAACGAGGAGGCCACGGACAGCGUGUCCAUCAUCUCCAACAUUAGCCAGUCGUCCACCCAUGCCCGCUCCCCGUCGCUGCGCUAUUCUCGGAAGGAGAACCGCUUUGUCUCCUGUGACCUGGGGGAGACAGCCUCCUACUCACUGCUCAUCCCCAACAGUGGCAACCCCGAGGCGGACAACAUCAACAUCAACAUCCCUGACACGGUGGAGGCCCACCGGCAAAAUAGCCGCAGACAGACACAGGAGACAGGAGGCUACCGCGAGGAGAUACAGCUGCUCAACGAAGCCUACAGGAAGCAGGAAGAGGACAGAGAAGACUGAUACACAGACACAGGAUGCAGGAAGAUGGCAGAGAAGACUGAUACACACAGGAAGCAGGAAGAGGACAGAGAGAAAUGAUACACACAGGAAGCAGGAAGUGGACAGAGCAGUCUGAUUCACACACAGGAAGUAGGAAGAGACAGAGAAGACUGAUACACACAGGAAGACAAUGAGCAGACAGAGAAUACUGAUGAGCACACAAAGGAUGCAGACUGGGAAAGCACAUCCAGGAGGAUUGGCCUUUUAACUAUAUAUUUUAAGUAUGUAUUUUGACAAAACAUUAGCUGCCACUGCCUAAGGCUUCUGGGACACUUAUCCUGUGUCCAUUCUGUGCUUCAGAGGUCCAUUAUGUAUAGAUGUGAUGAGGUGAUUUUGAGAGAAGGUGAUGCAGGACUAAAGGAUGAGGUGAGAGAAGUGGAUGCAGGACUAAGGGAUGAGGUGUAGAGAAGGUGAUGCAGGACUAAGGGAUGAGGUGGAGAGAAGGUGAUGCAGGACUAAGGGAUGAGGUGGAGAGAAGGUGAUGCAGGACUAAAGGAUGAGGUGGAGAGAAGGUGAUGCAGGACUAAAGGAUGAGGUGUAGAGAAGGUGAUGCAGGACUAAAGGAUGAGGUGAGAGAAGUGGAUGCAGGACUAAAGGAUGAGGUGGAGAGAAGGUGAUGCAGGACUAAAGGAUGAGGUGAGGUGGAGAGAAGGUGAUGCAGGACUAAAGGAUGAGGUGGAGAGAAGUGGAAGCAGGACUAAGGGAUGAGGUGGGGUGGAGAGAAGGUGAUGCAGGACUAAAGGAUGAGUUGGAGAGAAGUGGAUGCAGGACUAAGGGAUGAGGUGGAGAAAAGUGGAAGCAGGACUAAAGGAUGAGGUGGAGAGAAGGUGAUGCAGGACUAAGGGAUGAGGUGUAGAGAAGGUGAUGCAGGACUAAGGGAUGAGGUGGAGAGAAGGUGAUGCAGGACUAAAGGAUGAGGUGGAGAGAAGUGGAUGCAGGACUAAAGGAUGAGGUGGAGAGAAGUGGAAGCAGGACUAAGGGAUGAGGUGAGGUGGAGAGAAGGUGAUGCAGGACUAAAGGAUGAGUUGGAGAGAAGUGGAUUCAGGACUAAAGGAUGAGGUGGAGAGAAGUGGAAGCAGGACUAAGGGAUGAGGUGAGGUGUAGAGAAGGUGAUGCAGGACUAAAGGAUGAGGUGAGAGAAGUGGAUGCAGGACUAAAGGAUGAGGUGGAGAGAAGGUGAUGCAGGACUAAAGGAUGAGGUGAGGUGGAGAGAAGGUGAUGCAGGACUAAGGGAUGAGGUGGAGAGAAGUGGAUUCAGGACUAAAGGAUGAGGUGGAGAGAAGGUGAUGCAGGACUAAAGGAUGAGGUGUAGAGAAGGUGAUGCAGGACUAAAGGAUGAGGUGGAGAGAAGUGGAUGCAGGACUAAGGGAUGAGGUGGAGAGAAGUCGAUGCAGGACUAAAGGAUGAGGUGGAGAGAAGUCGAUGCAGGACUAAAGGAUGAGGUGGAGAGAAGUCGAUUCAGGACUAAAGGAUGAGGUGUAGAGAAGUCGAUUCAGGACUAAAGUAUGAGGUGGAGAGAAGUGGAUGCAGGACUAAGGGAUGAGGUGGAGAGAAGGUGAUGCAGGACUAAAGGAUGAGGUGGAGAGAAGUCGAUUCAGGACUAAAGGAUGAGGUGUAGAGAAGUCGAUUCAGGACUAAAGGUUAGCAGCACAAUGAAAGAGUGAAGACUGAAAGGGAGAGCAGAGAGGAAGGGUGAAGAGAAGAUUACCCAUGGUAGUAUUCAUGCCAGGGUCUCCGACAUAUGGCUGCCAAUGAGUAUGGCCCUCACCAUUAAGUCAACAUGGUGACCACCGGCCCCUGUGUCUGAGUCAUCCCACUGUGUGUGUCUGUACUCUUAAUAUAAUCAACUGAGAGCUUGGACUCAGAAUAGAUCAUUCACCAUACUGUUCAUUCUACUGCUGUGAGACAAAACUAUCCUUUUAUGUAAAUCAGUCUGAAGAGAGAGAUAGAAGGCGAGAGAGAGAGAGAGAGAGAGAGAGAGAGAAUACAGAGUGUUUUUUUCUGCCUCAUGAACAUUCCACUAACAAUUUCCCUGAACGACAGUGUGAAUAUUUUACCACUGAUGGAGGCACCAAGUGAAUGUGCAUUUUUUCCCCGAGUCACUUAGAGCUGUUCUCCUCUAGCCUUUCAGUUCACUGCCUCUCCAAUCACACGGAGUGACCCAGGCCUUUCCGCUAUGCUUUGUACAUGCUUAAAACUAGACAGUAACAGAAUAUGUAUUGGCGAUUCACUACGGCUCUAAAUAUUCACCAGGAUGAAUAUGAACUAAAAGAUGGAGUUAUAUUAUAGUUAUAUUCUGUUUAACUGUUUUUGUAUGCACACACACACACACACACACACACACACACACACAC